CGCUAAGAAUAGCCCGGCUGCUGAAAUGUGAGGGGUCACAAACACUGGAUAAAAAGGCUGGUCGGACGUGCAGUAAGCGUCGCGGAACUAAACCGGAUCCUCUCCUCUAAAUCUCUCCUCUUCCUCAGCGGAUCUCCACAAACACAGAGUCACCAUGCCUCACGCCUACCCUUUCCUGAGCCCUGAGCAGAAGAAGGAGCUCUCUGACAUUGCUAAGAAGAUCGUUGCCCCUGGCAAGGGCAUCCUCGCUGCCGAUGAGUCCACAGGCAGCGUUGCUAAGCGCUUCCAGAGCAUCAACACAGAGAACACAGAGGAAAACAGGAGGCUGUACCGCCAGCUCCUCUUCACUGCGGACAAGGAGAUCGACCACUGCAUCGGCGGCGUCAUCCUCUUCCACGAGACCCUCUACCAGAAGGCCGACAGUGGCAAGACCUUCGCUCAGGUCAUCAAGGGCAGGGGCUGGGUCGUGGGCAUCAAGGUUGACAAAGGUGUCGUUCCCCUGGCUGGAACCAACGGAGAGACCACAACCCAGGGUGAUGUGACUGAUGCUGUUGUUGUUGUUGUUGUGUAUCAGGGUCUGGACGGGUUCAAAAUGAAGCGUUGUUUCCAGUACAAGAAGGAUGGUGCUGACUUUGCCAAGUGGCGCUGUGUGCUGAAGAUCACCCCCACCACCCCCUCCAGCCUCGCCAUCAAGGAGAACUGCAACGUGCUCGCCCGCUACGCUAGCAUCUGCCAGAUGCGCGGUAUUGUGCCCAUUGUUGAGCCUGAGAUUCUCCCCGAUGGUGACCACAACCUGAAGAGAUGCCAGUACGCCACAGAGAAGGUCCUGGCUGCCAUGUACAAGGCCCUGUCUGAGCACCACGUGUACCUGGAGGGCACUCUGCUAAAGCCCAACAUGGUCACCGCCGGACACUCCUGCUCCCACAAGUACACCUCCCAGGAGAUCGCCAUGGCAACAGUCACCGCCCUGCGCCGCACUGUGCCCCCCGCAGUCCCAGGCAUCACUUUCCUGUCUGGAGGUCAGAGUGAGGAGGAGGCCUCUAUCAACCUGAACUCCAUGAACCAGUGUCCUCUGCACAGGCCCUGGGCGGUCAGCUUCUCCUACGGCCGCGCCCUGCAGGCGUCUGCACUCAAAGCCUGGGGCGGCAAGAAGGAGAAUGCCAAGGCCUGCCAGGCUGAGCUCAUCAAGAGAGCCCAUGCCAACAGCAAGGCUUCCAUUGGCAAGUACGAGGGAGGUGGAGCAGGUGCCGCUGCCGGCGAGUCCCUCUUCGUGGAAAACCACGCCUACUAGAGUGGGCAAACCCUUCACUACACCCCCAACCCCCGCCCUCGCAACCAAGACCACACACCAGAAGGUUCCAGAUAUGUGUGAAAAUACCGUCUUCCCUUCUUGGUGGUCAAGUCACGGCCCUCUUGCCUUGGCAUGAGAGCGAGAGAGACCCGUAGACCACCUGCCUGGUCUCGCGUCUCGUCUCCCUGAGGAUCCGGAUUACAUCUGCCUCCAUUCCCUGUCACGACGCUCCUGCGUUCCUGAUCCUGUCAAAAAUCCCUUCAACUGUUCCUUAUUUUUCUUAACAAUACAUUUUUUGUUUUGUUUUCGUAGGAGAGUACCUCUGUGGUUUAUUGUUCAUAAAUAGGCCGUGGAAUAAAGUACCUUUCUUCCAA